CAUUAUAGCUUUUGUUACCAAUAUAGCUCCUGCUAUAUGAGAAAGAAGUCCAUUCUCUGAAUUUCUUAAGGUUACAAAUAUAGUUGUUAUAUAUGUUUGCACAUGUUCACAUGUAUUAUCAAUGGUGAAUUUAUUUUCUAGUUGCGAACAAGUGAAACAUUAGAGUCAUAGGAAUUCCAUACACCGAACAAGAAGAAGAUCCAAUGAUUCUGUUAGACUUCGUAUAACCUGCAUAGCUCAUUUUUGUCGAUUUCCUACCUAGAGAUUAGGGUGGGUGCUGAAGCAGGAAAACUGAAAUGGACAAGACUGCAAUUGCCCUUGAAGCUAUUAGCAAGGAAACUGUUGAUCUGGAGACAAUUCCUGUUGAAGAAGUCUUUGAGAAGUUGAAAUGUACAAGAAAGGGUCUUGCUACUGAUGAGGUUCAACAGCGAUUAGAAGUAUUUGGGCAAAACAAGCUCGAAGAGAAAAAGGAAAGCAAAAUACUCAAGUUUUUGGGGUUUAUGUGGAAUCCACUGUCAUGGGUUAUGGAAGGUGCAGCAAUUAUGGCCAUCGCUCUUGCACAUGGAGGACGAGAAGGGAUAGAUUUCCAUGAUUUUGUUGGUAUUGUGACACUGCUUAUCGUCAACUCAACCAUCAGCUUUAUAGAAGAAAAUAAUGCUGGAAAUGCAGCUGCAGCUCUUAUGGCUCGGCUGGCACCAAAAGCAAAGGUUUUACGUAAUGGCAGCUGGGGAGAGGAAGAUGCUGCUGUAUUGGUCCCGGGAGACAUCAUUAGUAUUAAAUUAGGUGACAUUAUUCCUGCUGAUGCUCGAUUACUUGAAGGAGAUCCUUUGAAGAUUGAUCAGUCUGCUCUUACAGGAGAGUCACUUCCAGUCACUAAGAAUCCUGGCGAUGGGGUUUACUCUGGUUCAACAUGCAAGCAAGGUGAAAUUGAAGCAGUUGUAAUUGCUACAGGAGUACAUACCUUUUUUGGAAAGGCAGCUCAUCUUGUUGAAAACACUAAUCAUAUAGGGCAUUUUCAGAAGGUCUUAACUGCUAUUGGAAACUUCUGCAUUUGCUCUAUUGCCAUUGGAAUGUUGAUUGAAAUUGUGGUAAUUUAUGGGAGCCAAAAGAGGUCUUAUCGCGUCGGCAUAGACAACCUUCUAGUUUUACUCAUUGGUGGUAUCCCCAUUGCUAUGCCAACAGUACUUUCUGUUACCAUGGCUAUAGGUUCUCAUCGCUUGUCUCAGCAGGGUGCCAUAACAAAGAGAAUGACAGCUAUUGAGGAAAUGGCUGGGAUGGAUGUGCUUUGCAGCGAUAAAACAGGCACUUUAACUCUUAACAAACUUACGGUUGACAAAUCUAUGAUAGAGGUUUUUGCAAAGGGUGUUGACAAAGACAUGGUUGUAUUGAUGGCUGCAAGAGCUUCAAGGCUGGAAAAUCAAGAUGCUAUUGAUACAGCUAUUGUUUCAAUGCUGGCUGAUCCUAAAGAGGCCCGAGCCGGAAUCACUGAACUUCACUUUCUUCCGUUCAAUCCAACUGAUAAGAGGACAGCACUUACUUACCUGGACAGUGCAGGCAAGAUGCAUAGAAUGAGCAAAGGAGCUCCAGAGCAGAUUCUCAAUCUGGCAUGGAAUAAAUCAGAUAUUGAAAAGAAGGUACAUGCAAUAAUUGAUAAAUUUGCUGAGCGUGGACUUCGAUCCCUUGGAGUUGCUAGACAGGAGGUACCUGAUGGUAAUAAAGACAGCCCUGGUGGACCUUGGGAAUUUGUUGGUCUUCUUCCUCUUUUUGAUCCACCUCGCCAUGACAGUGCUGAAACUAUCAGAAGAGCUCUAGAUCUUGGUGUUGGUGUCAAAAUGAUCACAGGUGAUCAACUUGCAAUUGCAAAGGAGACAGGAAGACGACUUGGAAUGGGCACUAACAUGUAUCCUUCAUCCUCUUUGCUUGGAGAAAACAAGGAUGGAGAAAUUGGAGCCUUACCAGUCGACGAGCUAAUCGAAAAUGCUGAUGGUUUUGCUGGUGUUUUCCCAGAGCACAAAUACGAGAUUGUGAAGCGACUUCAAGCUAAGAAACAUAUAGUUGGAAUGACUGGUGAUGGAGUUAAUGAUGCACCAGCAUUAAAAAUCGCAGACAUAGGAAUUGCAGUAGCAGACUCAACAGAUGCUGCUCGCAGUGCUUCUGAUAUAGUCCUGACAGAACCUGGGUUGAGUGUGAUCAUUAGUGCUGUUUUAACUAGCCGUGCAAUCUUUCAAAGAAUGAAAAACUAUACUAUAUAUGCAGUUUCCAUCACCAUACGUAUUGUUAUGGGAUUUAUGUUGCUCACUUGUUUCUGGAGGUUCAAUUUCCCUCCCUUUAUGGUUCUCAUUAUUGCCAUUCUAAAUGAUGGUACUAUCAUGACAAUAUCUAAAGACAGAGUUAAGCCAUCCCCAACACCAGACAGCUGGAAGCUAAGUGAAAUUUUUGCAACUGGGAUUGUGAUAGGUGGAUACUUAGCAAUAAUGACUGUUGUGUUCUUCUGGGGAGCUUAUGAAACCGAUUUCUUUACGAAACAUUUCCAUGUGCAUAGCCUCCAGAAGAAAAAUUACAAUAUUUCAGAUGAACAAGUCUCAAAGGAACUGAAUGAACAGCUAGCAUCAGCUAUUUACCUUCAAGUCAGCACUAUAAGUCAGGCUCUAAUAUUCGUUACCCGUUCAAGAAGUUGGUCAUUCACGGAAAGGCCUGGUCUUCUUCUUGUUAUUGCUUUCUUUAUUGCUCAAUUGGUUGCAACUGUAAUAACUGCAGAAGCAACAUGGGGUUUUGCUGGAAUUCGUAAGAUUGGCUGGAAAUGGACUGGUGUUGUAUGGCUAUACAACAUUGCAACUUACAUGCUACUUGAUCCUAUUAAGUUUGCUGUCAGAUAUGCAUUGAGCGGUAGAGCUUGGGGCCUAGUUUAUAACCAAAGAACAGCAAUGACCACACAAAAGGACUUUGGUAAAGAAGCUAGAGAAGCAGCCUGGGCAGCCGAGCAGCGAACACUUCAUGGUCUGCAAUCUACAGAAGCGAAGGGGAUUACUGAAAAACAUACUUUUGGAGACAUUAGUGUAAUGGCUGAAGAAGCAAGAAGACGAGCAGAACUUGCAAGAUUAAGAGAGCUUCAUACUCUGAAAGGCAAAGUGGAAUCCUUUGCAAGGCUGAAGGGUUUAGAUAUUGAUGUGAACCCUCAUUACACAGUCUGAUUAGUUAUGAUUUGAUUGCAGAAUUUAUGAACCAAAUGGUGCUUAAUUAAUUCUGUUGCAACUUAAUUUCCCUCUUUUCUUUAUUCUAUGGUUAUAUGCUCAGUGCUCAAGUGCUUCACUGUCAAUAAGAACUCUUGAUUUUGCCCAUUUCGUAAUUUCUUCAAUAAUAG